GCUGUGUGUGAUAGGAGCAUGUAGAGCAGCAGCUGAAGACUCAAAGCAGGCUGCGGGAGGUCACUUUCCUGAGUAGCACACAACAAACAGAGGAUUUUCGGGAAGAGUUAGCCUCGACGACAUGGAUUACUGGAGUGCCUUGGAGGUGUAUAAGGAGAUGGUCCUGCUGUACCUGCAAGAGGGCCGGCGACAGGUCAACCUGCGCUGCGCCGACCUGGAGCCGUGGCAGAUCAUCGGAGCGGCGGUCAUCACCACGCUGGGAGCAGUCUGGGUCAAAGGCUUCCUCUUCCAGCAAGAAAGUCUCACAUCCCGAAUCAAGAAGCAGGGCUUUCGACUCAUCAGAAAAAUACCCUUUGUUGGCAUAGCAAUCCAGAGCCAGCUGAACAAAGCUUUGGAUGACAUGUCGACCAGUCUGUGCACGCUGAAGGAAGGGAUGAGCUACACUAAGCAGCUGCCAUCUAAAGGUCUCUCUCAGAGCCAAGUGCUGGACAAAAUCAGAGAGUACGAGACUCUGAAUGAGGUGCAGUGGGAGAAAGGAUGUGUUUCGGGUGCAGUGUACUGGGGCGAUGAAUCCCUGACCAAACUCCUUGUGAAGGUAUAUGGAGAUUUUGCAUGGAGCAAUCCACUUCACCCUGACAUCUUUCCUGGCGUAAGGAAGAUGGAGGCAGAGGUUGUUAGGAUGGCUUGCGCACUUUUCCAAGGCGGGCCCAGCUCCUGCGGCACAGUUACUUCAGGGGGAACUGAGAGCAUACUGAUGGCCUGCAAGGCGUACAGAGACAUGGCGUAUGAACGAGGCGUCAAAUACCCUGAAAUCCUUGCGCCUGUAAGCGUCCACGCAGCCUUUAACAAAGCAGCACAUUACUUCGGGAUGAAGCUGGUUCACAUUCCCCUUGAUAACAAAACUAUGAAAGUGGAUGUGAAGGCUAUGAAGAGAGCCAUCAACAAGAACACAGCCAUGCUCGUGUGCUCGGCGCCUCAGUUUCCUCACGGAAUCAUGGAUCCCAUCGAGGAAGUAGCCAAGCUGGCUGUGCGCUACAACCUCCCGCUGCAUGUGGAUGCCUGUCUGGGAGGUUUUCUCAUUGUCUUCAUGGCCAAGGCUGGUUAUCCACUCGCCCCGUUCGACUUCAGGGUAAAAGGUGUUACCAGCAUCUCUGCAGACACGCACAAGUACGGCUACGCCCCCAAAGGUUCCUCAGUGAUCCUCUACAGUGAUAAAAAGUACCGUCACUAUCAGUACUUUGUAGCUCCAGACUGGCAGGGGGGAAUCUACGCCUCGCCCUCCGUGGCGGGCUCCAGACCAGGAGGUAUCAUCGCCGCCUGCUGGGCGACCAUGAUGCACAUGGGAGAGAACGGAUACAUAGACGCCACCAGGAAGAUCAUCAGCACAGCACUCAGAAUCAAAACAGAAAUCCAGAAGAUGAAAGGAGUGUUUGUGUUCGGGGAUCCAGAGGUGUCAGUGGUGGCAAUAGGCUCAGAUGUUUUUGAUAUUUUCCGUCUGUCUAAUGCACUGACGUCGAAGGGCUGGAAUCUGAACACACUGCAGUACCCAUCCAGCAUCCACAUUUGUUGCACAGUUCUGCACACCCAGCCGGGGGUCGCCGAUCAGUUUAUUCGUGAUGUCAGAGAGCAGGUCGCCGUCAUCCUGAAGAACCCCAAAGAGAAAACCACAGGAAUGGGAGCGAUCUACGGCAUGGCCCAGUCCAUCCCAGACAGAUCCAUGGUGACGGAGAUCUCCAGAGGCUUCCUCGACUGUCUCUACAGCACUGAGGUUCCCAAGACAAACAACAGCCACAUGAACGGCAACGGCAAAGCCCACUGAAACAGGACUGCCCCCUCCCCCCUCCCCCC